GUCACAGAGGGAAAGUACCUCUUCAUUUCGCGAGCUUUGGGUAACGACACAUGGUCAUGUGAUCAGUCAAAACCUUGUAAAACCAUUUCACGGGCUGUUGAGUUAGCGUCAAGCGGGGAUCACAUUCUCUUGGAUGGCAAUAACACUGACAAGGAUCCUUACAACUGUCAAUCAAGAUCACCAGAGCUUUCAGGAGUUCAGAUCAAUAAGAGUUUGUCUAUUAUAGGAUAUGGCAGUUUCAUGCCUCACAUACAAUGCAAUAAAGGAGCAGGUUUGCAGUUCAACGGUUCUAAUAACGAGCAGCAAAUGAAUGUAACUUUAUCAACGUUACUUGUAAGUCAAAGCGCUAUCAUGGUCCAAGAUUCUUCUGUUCAUAUUGACGGUUGUAGAUUUACAGGCAGCAACCAGGGUGUGGUGAUCAACAUCCGUGCUAGGUUAUCCUUAAACAUUCUGGUUACAAAUUCAAUUUUUUAUAAUAACAGUGGGUGCAUCUCAGUCGUGGUGAACAGUACAACGAAACAUUCAAAGAACAUUCAAGUAAUCUUCAGGAUGACAAAUUCUUCUUUGUUAUAUGGCAAUGUCGUGAAUGAUGUGGGCAGAUGUAUUUCGUUUACGGAAUCACAGAACAGUGGCCAGUCUGUAAGCUGUAAUAUCACUCUGGAAAAUACAACUUUUUUUGGCAACAAAUUUAUUUUACCACAAGGUAUUAUUUUCUUAGGGAUCAACAAUGGCAGCCAAUACAUUCAAUUCAAAACUGUGACUUUCUUUGACAAUGGUAUUUCAUCAAUGAGAGAAGAUUUGAUGGAUGAUAGUGUAUUGUGCAUCGUUCGUAGUACCGAUGUAAAUAUUUCUAUAAGUUCGAGCACGUUUAGCAGUGAUUAUGCAAAAGUACUCAGCGCAAGUGCAGAGGAUAUUUCUUUUCACAUCUAUAACUCGACUUUUUGUGGUCACAGAGGACGCACUAAUGGCGGAGUCAUCUCUUUGCAAGGAAGUAACUUAUGCAAGUUGAACGUAUCAAAAUCAUCGUUUGUAAACACAUCUGCUGUUGUAGGUGGAGCAAUCAGCAUUGACUGUACCACUAUUGAUGUUGUCACCCUUAACCAGAAUAAUUUUACAAACAACACAGCAGUUAAGGGAGGCGGUGCUUUAUAUAUCAAGGCUGUUAAGGCCUCAGUAGUACUGCGGCAUUUAACUUUUACCAACUGUAAAACUUCUACUGGUUUUGGAAGUGGAGUUUUAAUAAACACCACUCUUGACCCACGGAACAAAACGUCUGGCAACGACUUGGUAUUGACGGUGGAGAGCUGUCGCUUUGUAGGAUGCGGGACUAAGGCUAUUUCUUCUACUGGUGGUUCUUUGGAUGUGAUUUAUAAAACACAAACUAAAAUAAACAUUAGUAAUAGUAAUUUUAUUUCCAAUUUUCGCGCUCUACUCAUAUGGGUUGAAUCAUAUUUACCUAAAUCGACAGCAAACAGCAAUUCGAUUAAAUGGAGCUACGUCAAGAUACAAAACUGCAUGUUUUUACGCAAUAGAGGUUUGGGUUCGUUUUCUACUCCCGUCUCAAUAACGGUAUCCAAUCAAAGUGUCAUUAUUUUUGGAAAUGUGAUUAUGGAAUCGAAUGGGGCGUUUAUUCAUCCUGGAAUCGGAUGGGGAGGAGCUGCCUCUAUUGAAGGCGAUUGCUUUCUUACAAUAGAAAAGUGUCGAUUCUCAAACAAUACAGCGAGUAAUGUAGGUGGCGCAUUGUCAGUUUCAGUAAGAUCACUCAUUGUCAAGGAUUCUCUUUUCGUGGGCAAUAAAGUUACAGCUUUACGUGAUGGAUAUGGAGGCGCUCUAUCUGUUACUGCUAUGUCCGUUGUCAUCUUUAACUCCACAUUCAGCAAUUGUUCUGGAACGUAUGGAGGUGCUCUCUAUGCAUCAGAAUCAUGUGAUAAUAUAACAAUAAAGAAAUGUCAAUUCGUGGAGAACAAUGCAGGUCAUAUGGACAAAACAGAAACUGGCGAAGGAGGGGCCGCUCUCCUCUUUGGAACUCAUGUGCUGUUUGAAGAAACAACUUUUUAUAGAAAUACAUGCGUUUGGGGUGGUGCUGUUAUUUUGAGAAAAAGUGGGGCAACAUUUAAAAACUGCUAUGCUGUAGACAACUUUGCAGCAGUCCAAGGUGGGUUUUUGUACGCAGGCUAUGAUGUAAAAGGUGUUGAUAUACAUGUGCAAGAUAGUGUUUUUAAGCAAACUGUAGCAGAGUUAAGGUGGUUAGAAUUUAGUUACAAAAAAGCCUUAUUUAUACUCGCAGACAGCUUGGAGGAAUUAAAAAUAUUUAACACAACAAUGGAAUCUACACCAUAUUACAGUAAUGGUGUUCUACUGCUGGUCACCAACGUGACUGUCAUGGAUUUUGGAAAAGACAACUCGACUAUUCUUAACUGUCCUAUUGGGAGUCAGAUUGAAAUUCUCAGUUUUACUAUGGGUAUUCCUCCUAAAGCCACUUUUAUUUGGCAGUUUAGCUGUUCAGCCUGUGCAGACAAUUCCUACAGUCUACAGAGUGGUCGUGCUGUUGGAUCUCAUGUGGUACCAGGAUUUCAGUGUCUUCCAUGCCCAUUUGGAGCUAACUGUUCCCAAAAUAUAAUCUCCAAACCAAACUUUUGGGGUUUUAAAGAGAAUAUUACUCCACCGACUCUUAAAUUUACGUUGUGUCCGGUUGGUUAUUGUAGUCCUCCUAACGAAACAGAGUUUCCCAAAUACAACGGUUGCCAGGGUAACCGUACUGGCAAAUUAUGUGGACACUGCAAUGAUGCUUACUCGGAGACACUUUACUCUGAAGCUUGCAGGCCCUCAGAUGAGUGCAAUGACUAUUGGUUUUUGCCUGUGGCGUUAGUCUACGUAUCGCUAAUGGCAUUUUACCUGACAUUUAAACCUCCUAUAAUACCUUGGAUUAUGCGUCAAAUCAAGUGGUUUAAAACCAACGAUACGGCAGACGAGGAAAGUAACAGCGACGGAGGUUAUGUUAAAAUAAUCUUCUAUUUUUAUCAGGCUGCGGACCUUCUCCUUGCCUCAAACACAUCACGGCGUUUUGCGGAGGGUAAAGUAAAGAACAUUCUUGUUGGAGUGUUCAACUUUCGACAAUCGUUUUCAUCAAAUGGACUGAUCUGUCCCUUUCCAGGCCUCACAGUAGUAACGAAGCAGUUAUUUUCGGCUUCUGACGUAUUUGGAACAUGUCUAAUGAUAGGUGUCUUGUAUUGUUUGCACAGAGGAGCUCAAAGGUGUCGAAGAAAAGAGGCCCCAACUUUUUCUCCUUAUAUGGCUGGCAUUUUACAGACAAUGUUGCUAGGAUACAAAACGCUUGCUUCUGUGAGUUUUAACCUCUUACGUUGUGUGCCAAUCGGCUCAGAGAAACGCUUGUUUUUGGAUGGAAACGUUGUCUGUUUUCAGUUGUGGCAAUAUAUUCUGAUUGCUUUUGUCGUGGCUUUUGUUAUGCCGUUUGUUUUUGUCUUACUUUGGGGUUGUUAUAAGUUGCACAACGGAAGCCUAUCUGUGGCGAAAUUUCUAUUGGCUUGCUGUUUUCCAUUUCCAUUUCUUCUUUACUGGCUAUUCCUGUUUUUGCUUUGUGUAAAACGAAAUGCGGCCCAAACAGACACAGCCACAGGGCAAAUGUCCCAGAGAUCUGUGGAGACGACACUUUUUGGCUGUUUCAAGAAGCCUGCGAAUGGUGGAACUCUCUCUUUGGGCUGGGAAAGUGUUAUGAUCGGACGCCGGCUUAUUCUCAUUUUGUUGAAAACAUUUGUCAAUGAUCCAAUGCUCCGUCUAUUCAUCAUGAGUUUCCUUUGUGUUUUGUUUCUCCAACAUCAUUCCAUGACUCAGCCGUUUCGGGAUAUCACUGCCAACAGAGUUGAAACCAUUUCGUUGCUGUCUCUUGUCCUCUUGGGGAUGGUAAACAUGUUUUUUGCCUCCUUUGUAUCUUUGGCUGUUCCAUUAACCGAUCAUUUUAAGUUCUCGUGGUAUUUCUGUGAAGUAUUGGAAACCGUCAUUCUAUGCGCAGUACCUGCUAUUAUUAGUGUAUUUGUAAUUGGUGCUGCUUUAUCGCUGGUGAUCCGC